AUAUAGAAUAUUCUUCCUUAUCUAAAACAUCAUCAUUUAAUGUGACAACUGCAAAAGAUAUAACAUUAACUUCAAAUACAAAUAUGACAUUAAAUACAGCAGAUACAGCAUUAAUAGCAGCAAAUACAAUAUCAGAUGCAGAUGUAAAUGUGAUACUAACUGCAGAUAUAAAACUAUAUACACUUGAAUUAAAAAAUUAA